UUUAUCCGCUGCAUCGCCGGACGAUUGGGUCUGAAUUACAUUGUGGAACUUACUGUAGUGGUAGGCGAUGGCUGAGGAUGCUAAUCAUGGCCAACUUGGUGAAGAAGUCUCUGCAAUGUCUACUGACAAUAAAAAAGAGAGCGAGAAUGUAAAAAAACAACGGAAAGGAAUAAUGUCUCGAAUUUGGAAUGGACUAUUUAGGAGACGCAGUGAUGAUUUUGAGAAAAGAUUGCAACACAUUUCCAAGGAAGAAGCUUCUAUUCUUGCACGAAUGAAGGACAGAUCUCUGAACUGGCGGACGGUGGCAAAGCUUAUUAUAUAUUCCUCUGUAGUGUUGGAGGUAUUUGCUGUGGUUUUAGCCAUCACAAAAACAAGAUCAGCAGAUCUAAACUGGAAAAUGAGGGCUUUAUGGGUUUCACCCAUGUUUCUUUCACCUGGUGUAUCAUAUGUCAUUUACUCAACAUGGGCAAGCAUCAUAAGGAUAUGGGAUCGCAAAGACGAGAAAACCCUUGGACAGUUACGUGCUGAGAGGCAGGCGAAAAUUAAUGAACUUAAAGAGAGGACCAACUACUAUGCCACACAACAACUCAUUCAGAGAUAUGACCCUGAUCCAGCAGCAAAAGCCGCUGCUGCAACUAUUCUGGCAUCUAAGUUGGGUGCUGAUUCAGGCUUGAACGUGUACGUUGGGGAUGAAUCUAACCUGAAUCCGCCAUCAGGGAAAGGCAAUGAUAUUCAGCUUGCGCAUUCUAGUGGGCUCCGAAAUCGAAAACAGUCUCACACGAGAUCUGUCAGUGCAGGGAGCUUUGUGUUGCAUCAAUCUGCUGGGGAAAUGUCCGAUGACCUGGGGGUUGAUAGCAGUGAGUUUCCUGUGCAGAAUCAGGCUCUUGUUGUUGAACACCAUCAGACAUCAACUGCACAUGAUGGGGGUUGGAUUUCUCGAAUUGCAGCGUUGCUUGUGGGGGAGGAUCCAACACAGUCUUAUGCACUUAUAUGUGGCAAUUGCCAUAUGCACAAUGGGCUGGCCAGAAAAGAAGAUUUCCCCUAUAUCACUUACUACUGUCCACAUUGCCAUGCAUUGAACAAAUCAAGACAACUGGAAGAGCAGGCUACUACUAAUUUAAGCUCUGAUAAUGUGAGCUCCCCAAGUACAAGUAAUAGUGAUGUGAUUGACAGCAGCAGUCAAUUUGUGACAGAUAACAAGCUCAUAAUUAGUGAAAGCUCCACAAAAACUGUUGUGGAGACGAAGGAAAGCAGUGAGGUGAAAGUAGCUGAACCAAUUCAUUGAAGAUAGAUUUGUUGUAUUCCUUUACACAAUGGAUUUUUGUUGUUUACUAUCUAUUUUCUUUUCUUCCUCAAUCAGGAAGGACCUUCCCCGCUGUGAUUGUUGGCACUUUUGUGGUUUUGUUUUUGAAAUCUUCUCAUACAAAGAUUGUAUAGGUGGCUUGUAUUGUUUUCAUUUUGGAGGGAAA